CAGAGCCUCGGCACACCGCCUCGGACCAUCCGAGAGAGAGAGAGAGAGAGAGAGAGAGAGAGAGAAAGAGAAAGACGGAGAGAAAACAGACAAGAUGCGGAGAGGAUCAAAAGCAGCGUGAAGGAAGAAGAGGAGGAAGAAGAAGAAGAAGUAGGAGGAGGAAGAGAAAAGGAAAGAGGGAAGAGAGGAGAGGAGGAGUAGGAGAAGAAGAAUCGACCAGCACAAGGCAGGUCCGGUGUGGAAGAAGGCGUCCAUGAUCUCGGCGGACGAUGCGGAGUACCCGCGGGAGUACCACACCAUGGGUGGCGGUGGCGGUGGCGGUGGCGGUGGCGCAGGCGGGUCUGGUCGGCGCUUCUCCAGCUCCGGGCUGAUCCACACGUCGUCGGCCCGCAGCCUGGAGGCGCUGACCAACCUGCAGAAGGCCGAGAUGGACGCGCUGGCCAAGCUGCACAAGGCCGACAUCGAGCGGCAGCGCGACGCCCACUACAAGAGCCGGCAGCAGGCCUCCGCCACUGCCACCGCCACCACACUGGUCAACACCAACAGCGCCCGCCAACAGCAACAGCCAAACUACUGGAGUUUCAAGGCUCGCACGCCACGCCACUCCCAGCCGUCCCCGGUGUCGUUGGCGGACCAGGCGGGUCGCGUGUCCUUCGCGUCGGCUGAGAGCCUGGAGACCAUGUCCGAGUCGGACGUGCCUCUCGGCUUCAGCCGCAUGAACCGCCUGCGCCAGAGCCUGCCGCUGGCCCGAUCACCUAGCCAGACCAAGCUCCGCGCGCCAGGCGUGCUCUUCCUGCAGCUGGGCGACGAGGUCCGGCGCGUGCACAUCACGCACGAGCUGACCAGCCUGGAGACGCUGCACGCCCUCCUCGUCCACAUGUUCCCGCAGAAGCUGACCAUGGGGGCCCUGCGCGCGCCCAGCACCGCCAUCCUGGUCAAGGACGAGGCGCGCAACGUCUUCUACGAGCUGGAGGACCCGCGCGACGUGCACGACCGCUGCGUCAUCAAGGUGUACUGCCGCGAGGCGGCGCUGCAGUCGCAUGGCGUUGGUGGUGGGCACGCUGGUGGGCAUGGAGGAGGAGGAGGCGGUGGGCACAGCGGUGGUGGGGGCGGAGGUGGGCACGUCAGGGAGCAGCACUACGCCACGCUGCCACACACACCCCAGCACCUGCACCACCACGCGCAACACGUGGCCAACGGGGACCUCAGGAGGGAGCUGGUGUACUCCUCGCGAGACUCCUCCCCGACGCGGCGCCUCAACCAGCUGCCCUCCUCCUCGUCCCCGUCGGGCUCGCCCUCGCGCUCCUCUCACGCCCGCCUCUCCUACGCCGGGGGCCGCCCCUCGUCCUACGCCGGCCCCUCCCACGCAUCGCCCCAGCAACAGCAGCAGCAGCAGCACUCGGGCUAUCCGCACGGCCACCCCCACCACCCGGCUCACCACUCGGCCGGCCACACGCCCCAGCAGACCCCGUCCCACGGCCACGGGCACGGCCAGUCGCACCCCUCCCACGGUGGCUUCGGCCCGUCCCCGAGCGCCAUCCUGGAGCGGCGCGAUGUCAAGCCCGACGAGGAGCCCUCGUCCGCCGGGUCCAAGAGCGUGGUGCUGCUGCGAGGCGGCGCCGGGGGCGACAGCAUCUACGCCGACCCCUACUCCCUGGUGCCGGAGAGCCGGCUGAGCGUGGCGUCGCCCCAGGCGCUGGCGGCGCUCCGCGACCCGCUGCUGAGGCGCGGCUCCGUGCGCUCGCUGACCUCGUACUCAGCCGCUGCGCUCCAGUCCGAGCUCGAGGGCGCCCUCUACAGGCCCGGGGGGCCCGGCACGGCCGCGCACGCUGCUGCAGCGGCGGCCGCCGCGCUCUACGCCGACCCCUACGCCACCAUGGGCUUCCGGAGGCUUCCGCCGGCCUCGCCGCAGAAGAUCCCCGACGGGAGGGACCCGUACGCCAGCCAGCCCGGCAGGGGUUCCCCCGGGAGGCAGGUGUUCCGCCAGGACGGAGCCGUGUUCAUGGACAGCCCCAAGUCCAGGGCGAGCAGCGCCGGACCGGACCAGCUGUGCGUCCUCGGCGGGGAGCAGACCGGCUUGCCCGGCUACAGCUCACCGCUGCCCGGCAACGAGACAGAAACGAGGGACCGAAUGGAGGCGAUGGAGAAGCAGAUCGCCAGUCUGACUGGCCUUGUACAGAGUGUGCUGACCAGAGGACCUGAUAGCCCGGAAAAGGGAGAAACAGCAAGCGACUGCUCCGCCACAGAACCUGGACGGUUUAGACAGAGGAAAGCUCCGACGCCCUCUGCCCCGCUUGCCCUGAUGCCGCCCCCGCCCACUGGAGCGUCUCAGCCAAUCACGGUCACUCGACUGCAGAUGCAGCAACACCUGAGUGGCCUGCAGCACAGCACUACCGAGCUGCGCAAACAGCUGGACCAGCUGCGCAAACUACAGCUGCAGAACCAGGACUCGGUGCAGGCGCUGCUGAAGCAGACGGAGUCGGAGCUGGGCCUGUGCAUGCUGGACGCGCAGCGCACACAAGAGGACCCACUACAGAGACAACGCCUCCUAGUGGAGGAGGAGAGACUGCGCUACCUCAACGAGGAGGAGCUCAUCAUACAGCAGCUACAUGACCUGGAGCGAUCGGUCGAGGAGAUGCGGACAGGGGCGGGGCUAAACCACAAGCUGGUGACGGAACAGGAAGUGGAACAGAAGAGCCUGGAGCUGAGGAGACUAGGAGAGACUCUCACAGACCUGAAGAAUCAGUUCCCCAGCCUGCAGAGUAAGAUGCGGGUGGUGUUGAGGGUGGAGGUGGAGGCAGUCAAGUUCCUGAAGGAGGAGCCACUGAGACUGGACGCGCUGCUCAAACGCUGCCGCACCAUCACUGACUCACUAACGCUGCUGCGCAGGCAGGUCACUGAGGGUCACUGGCGCAGCCCGGAAGACUUCUCCAGCCAGCCCAGCAAACCCGGCGAGCCCGACUUCGCCAAGACGCCCGACGCGCUGGACAUCCUCAACAGCCCGGGGCUCGGACUGCAGGACAUCGCGGGCUCCCUGGGGGCCUCUCUGGGCGGUGGGGGCUCAGCCCUGGCCAACUGGAUGCCAUCCAUGGGCACUGGGGUGGCAGAUGGCACAGUGCCCGAGCUGGACGGUCCGGCGGCGGGCGCGCCCAAGAGGAGCAGUCUGGAGGACAUGCCCGGCAGCAGCGGCGCCAGCCGGCGCGACUCGGACAAGGUCUCCGCCGUGGAGGUCCGCUUGGCAGCGGAGCGUGACUGGGAGGAGAAGCGCGCCAGCCUGACGCAGUUCAGCACACAGGACAUCAACCGGCUCCUGGAGGAGACGCAGGCCGAGCUCAUGAAGGCCAUCCCCGACCUGGACUUUGCCGCCAAGCAGAUCAGCAAGCCGGCUGUGCCGCCCAAGCCGCAGCUCAGCUCACUGCCCGGUCCACUAGGGGGCGCCUCCAACAACCCCAGCCCCUCGCACACCCCCGAGCACCAGCCCAGCAAGACCCCCACGCCCAGCAACAAGCUGUCAGGGAAGGACAGCGCCUCUCGCAGAGGAUCUGGUGAGCUAACAGUGCCGCGGUACAGGACAGAGAAGCCGUCCAAGUCCCCUCCUCCACCACCCCCCCGCCGAAGCUUCCCCUCCGCACACGGACUCACCACCACCCGCUCUGGUGACGUCAUCAUCACCACCAAGACCAUCAAGCUGGAAAACACGGAGGAUUGCAACGAGUCGGACAAUCCCCCUCAGACACAGACUCCGCCCGUCAAACUGAGACGACCUUCGACCUCUGACUCCACGCGACCCUCCUCCACGCCCCCCACCAUCGCAGCUUCCGGGGUGAAGGAGGACGAGGACGAGGACGAGAAGAUCAUGGCCGAGCUGGAGGUGUUUCAGAGAGCGCCCGUAAGGGUGAGUGAGCGCCCCUCUGGGCCCCUCAAGCCCAGCCGCAGCGCACUGGGACAAAGGAGCACGGGGUCCCUGGGACAGAAGAAUGCCUCCAACCCUUCAGGCUCCAAGCCCAUGCAGUCGUCGGCGGCGACACGCCUGAAGCACCUGCAGCAGAGCAGCCUGGAGCGGCGGAGCAGGAAGCAGCGCGAGGACUUCCCCAAGCUGCAGCAGGGCCAGCAGGGCCAGCAGCAGGUCUUCCACUUCUGAGGCCAUGCUAGCUAUGCUAGCUGUCAGCCACACAAUGCUAGCUCCCAACCAGUUAGCCGUUAGCCGCUAAGAGCUAGCCAUUAGCCUGCUAAGCGCUAGCCGUUAGCCGCUAAGCGCUAGUAGUUAGCCUGCUAAAAGCUAGCCGUUAGCCGCCGAGGGCUAAGAACUGGCCGUUAGCCAAGGAGGCUAAUUGCUACGCUAACUCCGCUCUACACUUUCCAGCCGACAGCCUCCCGCCACGCCUGGGACCGUGGACGUGACCUUUAACCUGUGUCGGGGCGCUCACACUCCAUGCCAGCGGCGAGCCGGGAACCCUCUUCCUCAACGAGUGCCAUCUGUGCCAUCUGUGGCUGUCUGUAGUCCCAGACUGACUGACCCUUCUCUUCCCUAUGCCCCUGACCCCCACCCCCCCGCAGUGGCGCCAGACUGCCAGCGGUGGCUCGGGUGGUGACCCGUGUCGCUGGACUGUGGCGCUGCAGAUGCUGCCUCGUCGCCUCGCUGUGCAGUUGUGUGGCAACUGUUCCUCGCUCGUGACUGUACGGUGGAGGCUCAUCGUCUCAUCUGCUGCGACCUCCAGGACCCACUGUCAUCAUUCUUUACCCCUCUCUCUCUUCCCCUCACACACUCGUCUCCCCGAUUGUGGGCCAGCGCCAGAUCUGGACCACAAUUGCCAGAACAUAGAACAUUUUCAGUAUCUCAGUCUAACAUGUACUGUAUGUCCUCUUGGUACUUGUGAGGAGACCUGUGAGCUCUCCCAAGACUGCGGGCUGUGAAGCACACUAAACUUCUCUCAGCGAAAACAGCACAAGGUCACAGCCAAGGUAGUGGGUCAUAAACUCCUGGCAGUCGUCAUCUGUGUUUAUUUGGUGCUUCGCCAGUACCUCCCAUCAGAAGCCAAGGCAUCUGUUUGCUCUGUGUGUGUGUGUGUUUGUGUGUCUGCCUGUGUGUGUGUGUGUGUGUGUGUGUGUGUGAGAGAGAGAGAGAGAGAGAGAAAGAAAGAGAGGAGAAAUAGAAGGACAGAAUGAAAUGAGGUGGCGAAAAGGAGACAGAGUAUGCAGUCUAAUGAUGAUUUAAUUUUACUUUGUGCCAAUGACCUAGCAUGUGUGUGUGUGUGUGUGUGUGUGUGUGUGUGUGUGUGUGUGUGUGUGUGUGUGUGUGGUGUGUGUGUGUGUGUGUGUCUCUCCCUCUGUGUCAGAGUGUGUGUGUGUGUGUGUGUGUGUGUGUGUGUGUGUGUGUGUUAAUGUGACAGUAUCUCCAUUUGUUCUCCCUGGUCUCUUCAGCUAAAAAGCCGAGCGCUGCCAGAGUGAGUGAGCGAGGCUGCCCUUUCAGAGCUGUUCCCGUUCCCAGCCCUCUGCAUAUCACAGCACACAGCACACAGCACACAGCACACAGCAUGUGGAGCUCUCCUCUCUCCACCAUUCCAACCUCUCAAGCCCUCCACAGCUGUCUUCUGAACUGCCCCUCUCCUCAGGAUGGCUGGAUGGCUGACCAAUAAAUAGAGAGAAGAGGAGAGAUGGAUAGAGAGAGAGAGAGAAAGAGAGAUGGCAGGGGCUGUGGUGUCUGCCAGUGAAAGACAAGGAAUGGAGGGAGGAUGACAGACGAAAAGGAGAGAUUGUACAUUGUAUUGUUGCAUGAGGCGGAGAGAGAGAAAGAGAGAGAGAGAGAGAGA